AAGGAGAGAGAAACAGUAACUCUCAGAGGUCACUGUGGAGAGGAGAGAACAGGGCACAAAGAGUGUUUGUGCCUCUGAAAAGAAGAGUUUGUGUCAGAGGGAGUGUCUGUCUCACUCAUCGAAUCAGGAUGUUUGUUCUCAUCUGGGCAACUCUGCUUUUCUCUGUGAGAAGCAAUGCUGACACAGGUGCAGUUUGGAGAAGACCAUUCUGUGACAGAGGAUACUGUAUCACUCUUAGUAAAGGAGAAAUAACAGCAGAGGCCGGACUCUGUGUUGUGAUACCGUGUCUUUUCACCACUGGAUAUGGCUUUAUACCCCAACAUAUAGUAUGGUACAAAUGUGAACCAUCUAAACCAAAAUGUGGUGAUUCAGACAUUAUAUUUAACACCAACAGAAAUAACGAAGUUCAGUCUGGGUUCAAAGGACGAGUGUCACUGUUGGAGCCUGAUGUGACUCAGGGGAACUGCAGCAUCAUCGUCAAUGACCUCACGGAGUUUGACUCUGGAUCAUAUCAACUCAGAGUAAAUGGUUUCCUGUAUGGGAGGGAAGUUGGAUAUACAUUCUAUACAAGAGCAAGAGUCUCUGUUAAAGGUCUGACCCAGAGGCCCACAGUGAUGAUUCCUCCUCUGACAGAGGGACAGCAGACCACACUGACCUGCACUGCUCCUGGUCUCUGCUCUGGAUCUGUUCCUGAAAUCACCUGGAUGUGGGGAGGAGCAGGAGAGAACAUCUCUCGCAUCACAGGAAACAUCACUGCUUUCAUGACUGAGGAUCUGACUGCUGUCACUCAGAGACACAGCUCAACUUUGACCUUGAACCCUUCAGCUAAACACCACGGCACCAAUGUCACCUGUAAGGUCAGCUUCACAAACAACAUCACAACAGAGGAGACAGUGACUCUGAACGUGACCUAUGUGAAGGAAGUUAAAAUCACUGGGAAUACAAGUGUGAAGGAGGGUGAGGCUCUGAGUCUGAUCUGCAGUGUUGAAAGUUUCCCUCCAGCUCUCAUUACAUGGACUAAAUAUUCUGAUGAAAUGCAAAAUAAAACAGAAACCAUUCUGCAGAACGACACUGUUACUGACCUGCGGAACGACACUGUUACUGACCUGCAGAACGACACUGUUACUGACCUGCAGAACGACACUGUUACUGACCUGCAGAACGACACUGAGACCUUCCUGAAAAAAAGUGGAAUGGACAUCUUUUCCAUCCUUAACGUGACAACAGCAGAUUCUGGACUGUACAUCUGCACAGCAAAACAUCUGAACAACACCCUGAUGGGAAAAGUGAAUGUCACAGUGAUAUGUCUGACCCAGAGGCCCACAGUGAUGAUUCCUCCUCUGACAGAGGGACAGCAGACCACACUGACCUGCACUGCUCCUGGUCUCUGCUCUGGAUCUGUUCCUGAAAUCACCUGGAUGUGGGGAGGAGCAGGAGAGACGGACUCUCACAUCACAGGAAACAUCACUGCUUUCAAGACUGAGGAUCUGACUGCUGUCACUCAGAGACACAGCUCAACUUUGACCUUUAACCUUUCAGCCGAACACCAUGGCACUGAUAUCACCUGUAAGGUCAGCUUCACAAACAACAUCACAACAGAGGAGAUGGUGACUCUGAACGUGACCUUGUAUCCAAAAAUCCUAAAUAGCUCUAAGUGUGAGCUUCAGUCGGUGGUUCUGACCUGUGUGUGUAUCAGUGAGGGGUUUCCUUUACCCACAAUCAGAUGGCCGCUGUUGAAGAACCAAGCAGAGUACUCUGUUACGACCACUGUGUCAAACCACACAGUCAACAGCACCCUCACCCUAACUGUAAAAGAACACAGCAACACUGCUGUUGAGUGUGUGAGCAGCAGUGAAGUUGGGGAAGCAAAGGCAAACCUCAUCAUCGUGACUUCAGAGAGGCGAGAAGAUGAACAUGGACCAUGUGCAGUGCUUCUCUGGACUGUCGUCGCUGUUGUAUCUCUCAUUGUGAAUGUCCUCUGCAUAAUCCUCUUGAUGUUCCUUUGGAUCACAAGAAAAAAGGUGAAACCAAACCAAGAGGACAGAACGUACAUGUCACUGAAGAAAACAGACCCAUCACCAGAGUAUGAUGUGAUUGUCCAACCUCUGAGCUAACAAGUGUCAGCUUCCCCUGAGUGAAGGAGAAGACAGCAAGUCCAUACUUCCAUUCAACAUGUGUCAUCAUUUAUAUAUAUAUAUAUAUAUAUAUACAACAUUUUUUUGUGUUAUUUGAAUAUAAUUUUAACUGAAAUUUAGAAUUAUACAAUAAUUUUCAAUUCAUGACACCCAGUUGACAUUUCGCUAAGCCCCGCCCCUUUGUGAUGGUCCAACAAGCUGUCGCAGUGAGCAUGGAGCCCACACUGUAACUAACUGCACUCCCUGAUAAAUAUUAUCAUAUUUUUGGAAAAAUGAAACAGUGAUUCCAGAGAGAAGCAGACAGAGGGGUCUACAGUCUGUGUUUGAAGGAUAUAUCCAGGAUGUCAAACUGACUCAGCAGCAACAACAGGUUAAAAAGACAAAGAUAGUUAGAAGCUAAAGCCGAACUAUAGGCUACAGAUCACAGUGUAAAAGUGAACCACCACAUCACUGCUGAUCGCCACAGAAGACAAUGAAUAUAAAGGGAUACACAGCUGAUAAUGAACCAGCUGUGUGGCAUCACAGUGUGUGCAGAUGAACAGGGUUUGGCUUCGUCCCGUGCCGCUGCCAGCACCCAGACCUCCCCCACCAGAAGGGCAAGGAGCGGGACUUCGCGAAAGGUCACUUGUGAUGGCAACUGUAUUUUUACUAAUAUGUCUGUGAUGCAUUCUGUAAGGUCGACCUAAAAAGGAAUUAGGAUUAUUUUUGCAGUAUGGUCUUUGUAAUUGAUAAUAAAGGCCACUUUUGAUAUAGAGAUCUCCUUCGCCAUGUAUCACAAACAAUAAAAGGCCUUAUAGCUAUAAUUAUGAAUAUUUGGCCCUAAGAACAUUGAAGUUCAAGAAAAAUCACCCAAGGAAAAGAAACGCAGAAACGACACAUAGAUAAAACGCCCCACUUUUGACAUUCUCAACCUUUAUUUCCGAAACAGUUUCCUCUGGCAGGAAACACAAGCCACAAAACUUAACUUUGGAACAGCACACACAGAAAGUGACACAUCAUGUGACUCUGUCAAGCACAAAGUGUGUUUUAGCUCUUAAUUCCUCUUGUUAAAAAGGUGGACCUGAUGCUACACAGAUAUACUGCCAAAUUAAAUGAAUUUAAAAAAAAAAUGUUUUCUUGAAUUCUGUCAUUAAAACACCACAUGCUGAAUAUGUGCAUGUGUUUUCUGACAGCCAA